AUGCAGUCCAACUUCAUGCUGGGGGGCGAUCCCCUAUCUCUAGACCGCAUCCGCUCCGUAUUGGUCAGGCUCGAAGAUACCAUCAUCUUCUCGUUGAUUGAACGUGCCCAGUUCGCCCAUAAUCCCAAAAUCUAUGAAAGGGGCGCGUUCUCCCAUUUGAAGGAGUUCGGCGAGUUGAGUUGGCUGGAGUGGUUCUUGAAGGAAACAGAAAUCUUCCAUGCCAAGGCCAGACGGUACACGAGCCCUGACGAAUACCCCUUCACCGAGAACCUGCCUGAACCCGUCCUCCCCGCCCUCCACUUCCCCAAGAUCCUGCAUCCGAAUAAAAUCAAUGUGAACCCGUCGGUACUGUCGUUCUACGUCAAUUCCAUUGUACCUCGCAUUACUCGAAGAGCCACACUGGCGUCGAAGCGGGUAAAUGGAGACGCAGAGUUGAACGAUGACGGGAAUUACGGCAGUGCAGCCACCAUCGACAUAGAGGCCAUGCAGUCAAUCAGCAAGCGCGUUCAUUACGGAAAAUUUGUCUCGGAAUCCAAAUUCCAAGCAAAUCCUGCAGCGUUUAUCCCCCACAUCCUGAAGCCUAAUCCUGAGGCCUUGGAUGCUCUUAUAACCAAACCUGAAGUAGAACGUAAACUACUUCAGCGUCUGCGGAAGAAGGCUGCAACCUACGCACAGGAUGUCAUUGGCGAGGACGCGCCAUCGCCCUGCGUCGACCAGCAAAAUGCGAAGUUAGACGUCGACGGGGUUGUAGACUUCUAUGAGAAUUGGUUAAUCCCGUUGACGAAGAAGGUUGAGGUAGACUACCUUCUUUGUAGGUUGGACGGCUUAUCUCAGGAAGAUAUCGACGCUCUCAUGCAGAAGAGCCCGAAAAACAACUUGGCACUGUAA